AGGACCAGCUGUUCGGGAGCGUCCGGAGGAGAGCCGGGCACGGUCGAGACUCGCAGCGCCGCGGACGGCCCCGCAGGGUUCAGGUGCGGCGAUGUCGCUGUUGGAAGAGAGCCGGCCGUUUGCGCAGCAGCUCUCCAAUGUCUACUUCACCAUACUUUCGCUCUUCUGCUUCAAGCUCUUUGUGAAGAUCAGCCUCGCCAUCCUCAGCCACUUCUACAUCGUCAAAGGCAACCGCAAGGAAGCGGCCAGGAUAGCAGCUGAGUUUUACGGAGUCACCCAAGGCCAAGGUUCCUGGGCAGACCGGUCACCACUACAUGAAGCAGCAAGUCAAGGUCGUCUUCUUGCUCUGCGAACACUGCUAUCCCAGGGUUACAACGUAAAUGCAGUUACCAUAGACCACAUCACCCCACUGCACGAAGCCUGCCUUGGAGACCAUGUGGCAUGUGCCAGAACUCUGCUGGAGGCUGGAGCUAAUGUAAACGCAAUCACGAUAGAUGGCGUGACUCCAUUAUUCAAUGCGUGCUCACAAGGCAGUGCCAGCUGUACAGAACUUCUUCUGGAAUACGGUGCCAAACCCCAGCUGGAGUCCUGUCUUCCUUCUCCCACACAUGAGGCCGCCAGCAAAGGCCAUCACGAAUGCCUAGAGAUACUGAUAUCCUGGGGCAUAGAUGUUGACCAAGACAUUCCUCAUCUGGGAACUCCUCUGUACGUAGCUUGUAUGUCACAGCAGUUCCACUGCAUCCGGAAGCUUCUUUAUGCUGGUGCCGAUGUACAAAAAGGCAAAUACUGGGACACCCCACUGCAUGCAGCUGCCCAGCAGUCCAGUACGGAAGUUGUAAACUUACUGCUGGAAUUUGGAGCGGAUAUCAAUGCCAAAAAUACAGAGCUUCUUCGACCUGUAGAUGUAGCGACUUCCAGCAGUUUGGUGGAAAGAUUGUUGCUUCAACAUGAAGCUACUCCAAGCAGCCUUUGCCAACUUUGCCGACUCUGUAUCAGAAACUACAUAGGGAGGCCGAGAUUGCACCUCAUCCCUCAGCUCCAGCUGCCAACGUUGUUGCAGAAUUUCUUACAGUACCGAUAAGGCAGGGAAGUAAUGCUAAACUUGCGAAAUCCAAACAUUUCUGUCUCAUCUGCAUAGUGUAUAUUUCAUAGUAAAAUAUGCUAAACACAGUAUAUAAGGGAUUAUGAGGCCCUGGGGAAGAAGUGAAAUGUCAAUUUAAAUUUUAAGUGUACUAGUGAGUACUACUGUUUUAUGCAUUUUUACUUUUUUUUUGUUUUUUGGACUAUAGCAUAUUUAAAAUAUCUAUAUAUUAUUAGCUAUUCCCAUGUACCCUUUUUGAUGUAGAAAAAAGGAGAAAUUUUCAUUUCAGUGUUUCUUUUUAUGAAAAAAAAAUGUGAACUCUUACUGAAACUACAUACUUUAAAAGGCCUCCAUCCUGCCAAUAAUGCAUUAACUUUUAAAUUUUAGCUGCUGUAAUUGGUGAUCUCUGUGUAUUUUUUACAUUAAUGCAAAAUACGAGUAUGGUUUAGAAAAGAACAACUACUACCCUUUUUGAAAUAAAGAUGGCUGUCAUUCACGAAACCCACCGCGUCGAAUGUGCGCUUGUCAUUAUAAUCAUCAGUUCAUCAAGAAAAGAUAAACUGCCCCCCUCCCUGCAAAGAUCUCACUAGUCACUUUGCCACCUUAAAUGUCCCCAUUCCAGAAACGGGUUGGACUAAGGUUAUGGCUCCUUCCAUCUCUUCCUGGGAUGGUUGGAACCUUACACCUUUGCUAAGACUAUUUUAAGACUUCCUCCUUCUCCAGGGUAGCCUCAUAAGGCCUCUCUACAGUGCUUUUGUACGAAGCACUCCAGCCUUCUUCCAUCCAGAAACUGUCACUAGCUGGUGGUACCUGCAGACUGAAGACCAUGAACUUCGUACCCAGUUGCGAAAGAGGCCCUUCCUGGGCCAUGCUUCAGGGAUCAGGGCAGUCCAAGGCUGUGGAAAACAGAAGAUAAAAUCUCCUUCGAUUGUGGGGUGUGCAAAGAAAAGAAAAAGGCUGCGCCACUUAGCAAACUUAGACACCUUACGAAAUUUACCCCAUACAUACACCCUACUAGUGCUGUUUCCAAUCCUUCUUCUGCAAAGCAACGGUUGAGGCUUAGACCGUGUUAGCAAGAGGGUAUAUAGCAUUACAAAGUAGUGUCUUCGGCAAGGUUAUUACUGUGUUUAUUUUCUUCUGCCUUAAACAUACUUUAGCGCGGUAUAAAACAUAAUAAAACAAACUGUGUCUUCUUUGUAAUUUAGACUAAGUUUGAGUCUGUUGUGGACUGAGAAAUAAGAUAGGAUACUUACUAUAGUGUAACGUAGAAAAUGUUUUGAUGAGUUUUAUAAAUUUAUCAAAGUUUGAUAAAGUAUUUUGACCACUAUUUUAAUAAUAAGCCCAGGGGCCUAUUUUUUCCUUUCUUCUCGGUUCUUGGCUGAAUUUUGGAUACCUAUGGGAAAUAAACUAUUCUUGAAUGUAACCCCAAAGUCACUAAGAUCACAUCGUUAAGUCGUGUUUAGAUUUUCAAAAAUAGAAAUAAGGCUGUAGCAUGUGUGUUAAAAAAAUGUCUUCUGUGUGCCUAGAGACUUUUAAAUGAGGCUAUUCUACUAAAUAGCUCAGCCUAACAAAUUUAUAAUGUCCUCAUGAAUAAUGUGCAUUUAAUUGUUUAAUUAUAGAGUAACCUCAUUACAUAUAAUUGGGUAUUCAGACUGCUUUUUUAGUGAAACAGGUGUUGACUAGUAUCUUCCCUGAGCUAGACAUAUGUAGGCUUAGGGUGUAAGGUAAUAUAAUUUGUCCCUUUUCACUGGGCUUGUGCCAAUAAGUACACAUCAAUAUUAAAAUUAAAACGGGUACUUUAAAAUUUUAGUAUGCUGAUACCUUUUAUCUUUGCUUGGGUAUGAUUGUCUUAUCGAAGAAGUGUUCUAAUUUAACUGUAUCAUGUGUUUGUUAAUAUGUUAAAGUGUGACUAUUAUCACUGGAAUAAAACACUUUUUUUUUCUGUUC